UUGAAUAUGUAUCCAGCGAAGAAGAAAAUAACGGCGCUGAUUUUGAACUUUGUUAAAGAAUGUACAAACUUCAGACAGGUGUGGCUCUACCCUGCAACUGUAGAGUCCGGAUUCAUUCGUUUUUUGGCUAACAUUGGACAUUAGUUGCGUAUUACAUGCUACUCACAUUUUUACAGGGGAUACGGUACCGAGGCUAACGUUUUCGAAGGACACUAUGGAGUCGACAGUGGUGAACCUGCACAACCAGUUCCAGAGUUUACGGGCCCAGGUGGACUGCCUAAAUGAGACCAUUGAACCACAGUUUCUCCAGUUGGCCAUAAACUUUGAGGACUGUCGUAAGAAAUGGCUACGGUCAGGCGAGGAGCUGCUGUCCUGCAAGGAAAUGCUGGCGAAAGCAGAAACUGAGAGGGGUGCUUUGGAGGUGAAAUUGAAACAUGCACGCAACCAAGUCGAUGUGGAAAUACGGCGGCGGCAGAAAGCUGAAUCUGUCCAUGAGAAACUGGAACGUCAGCUACAGCUUAUCCGGGAUAUGCUGUUAGCAGAGAACAGUAGCAGUGUCCACCUAAGUGAGGAGCAGCGCAAUGCCCUGGCCUUCCUCAGUGCCCACUCCCAGGCUGCACAGUCUGCUAAAGCCAACCUCAACUCCAGCAGAAGGUUGAUGACCAUUGAUGAAUCAACCUCCGUCAUGUCAGACAUCAGCUUUGAUCAAACCGAUGACUCCCUGGAUUGGGAUGCUGACGUCAUGAAGACUGUGAGAUUGCAGAAACGUCCAAAACGACGUUCCUCUCGAAAACUUGAGGUUCCUCCUCAAGUGAGAAAGAAACCUCGCUCCACAGGACGUACAUCUGAUCGAAUAAAUGACUCCAUAGUUGCCAAAACCACGAUCACCGUGCCAGUAUAUGGUGGUGCUGUCGAGUCUGUCUCCACUAUCCAGACCGUCCCCUACAGGACACGCAGCAGAACUAAGAGUGUUGCCCCGGCCUUGGCUGAAUCAACAUCAAUUGAGCUGUCUGAAACCAAUAGUGAAGCACCAAGCACACCAGUCCCGGAAUUCCCCUCUCAUUUCCAAAUCCCCAAAGCCAACGGAGGAGGAGGAGGAAAGCAACAUCUGUUCAUCUCCAAAACGGUGAUCAAAUCAGAGUUCUGUGCACCAUGUGGACGAAGAACAAAGUUUGGCAAACUGUACCUUCGCUGUCAGGACUGCAGAAUUGUAAGCCAUCCCGAGUGCCGUGAUGGCUGCCCCCUACCCUGCAAUCCUGUGACCAUCAACACUCCCAUUAGGACUGCAGAGAGUACCCUCGCUGACUUUGCGCCGGCUACUUCACCGAAGAUCCCAGCUUUAGUACUCUUUUGCAUUAAGGAGAUUGAACGAAGAGGUCUCCAAGAGCUUGGCCUCUACAGAAUCUCUGGCCAGGAGCGUCAAGUGAAAGCACUGAAGGAGAAGCUGAUUCGUGGAAAAACACUGCCGGAACUUAACAAAGUAGAAGACAUUAAUGUGAUCACUGGUGUACUGAAAGACUUUCUCAGGAACCUUCCUGAACCAAUUCUCACAUUCCGUCUCAACAAAAUCUUCAUGGAGGCAGCUGAAAUCCAAGAUGAUGAAAACAGUCUUGCCAUGUUGUACAACACUAUUGGAGAGCUGCCUCAACCCAACCGAGACACUCUGGCCUGCCUCAUGAUCCAUCUCCAAAAAGUGUCUAAGUGUGUGGAUACAAAAAUGGAUGUGACAAACUUGGCCAGAGUGUUCGGACCUACUCUUGUGGGGCAUGCAGUUCCAAACCCGGAUACGAUGACUGUCCUGAGUGACACAAGCAGACAACCAAGGGUAGUGGAGCGCUUGUUCAGUAUCCCUGUGAGCUACUGGAGUCUGUAUGCGUAUCCAGAUAAUAUAGACAUGGAGGAUCCUAACUUGACCGGGACUCCUACUCAUAAUGUAAGUAUACUGGGACCACUAACCACUCCUGAGCACAAGUUGAUGGCAAAGACACCUUCCGCCAGCUCGCUGUCAAAGCGUGUGAUACAAACCCUCACCAGCACAACCAUAUUUCCGGGCAAGAGUAAAGGAUCUGCUAAUCCCCGGGGCAACUUCUUUGAGUCUCCACAUCUGAAGUAACGGCCAACUAGAAUCUCUCAGCCCCCACCCAAAAAAAGGACCAUAAUGAAUUAUUACUUGCUGCAAUAACUAUCUCCAUUUCCACAAGAAUGUGAGUAAAAUUAACGUGCAAUUUUAGCUUAAGAAUGCGUUAUAAGACAUUUUAUCGUUUUCUUUCCAAUCAGAUUGGUACACAUGAAGAAUUUUUCUACCGUUAUACAGUCAUUCCCUAAUGAAUUUUGAAGCAAAACUGCCACAUUAGAUCUCAAUGCUUUAAUGACUAAGUAACUGCAGCUCACGUUUUGCACAGAGCGUUUCUUUUUUGUGUGCUUAAUCAUCCCUUGAUGAAAGAAAGCAUGGUUGCAACCACAACCUCAGGAUGUAACAGUAUUAUAAAACUGGACCAAAGGGAGAAAACAUUUUUAGACUAGCUUUAGAAUCGUGUAUCGAUUAGUUGAAACAUAAUUUAAGCCUAACUUCAACACUUUAUUCUUAUGUUUAUUAUGUGGUAAGGCAAAUGGUAAUCAAAGUAAUACAUGUAUAUGCCUAAGUAACACUACUAAUACUGACAGUUAUUGAAUGGGAACUAUGCAGUUUUUUUGCACGGUAUCUAUUGAUGCAACUCACUGAAUAGAUGUAAUCACCACUAGAGGCUGCUGUUGUAUUAUUAUUAUAAUCAUUUGAUUGCAACUGACUUCUCUGUGAUUGCAUUAACUGAGGAAAGCAAUCCGAGGUGUUGAUUGGAUUUGCUAUUAAUGCAGAAACACUCCAAUCAACCUUGUGUGCCUACAGUUCGACUACUGCAUUUAUUGAUGCUUUUUUUAAAACAUACUUUGAAUGCCAACUGUGCCUUUUUUAUGAUUUAGUUAAAAAACAAAAACAUUCCCUCCUACAAAAUAUGUGAUGGGUGUCAUGCCUUAACUGAAGUGAGUUAGGAAGCACAUCAAAGCAAGUCUGGGAAACUCGCCUAAUUGGUUUUGCAGCUUUUGUCAAAU